UGUUUUUUUAUUGGAGAAUUUACAUGCCUAUACAUUCCGGAAUUCAAAAUGUCGGCUCCCCUUUGUUACAGACAGGGAGAUAGAAAAUUUUGCGUUGAUUGUCAUCCAAUCAGAACCAUUGAAACAAAAUAAAUGCAUUAGAAAUGUGUAUGUUAACAUAUCAUUAUAUUGCUGGCAACAUAUUUCUUUUUUCAACGUUACGACCUUUUUUCACAAGAGUCAAGGAGACUAGUUACAUUCUAUUUGGAUAUGGAUAAUUUGUUCAUGCUGGAUACCAUUGACAUCUCUUGUACGACAAAUGACUUGUAGAACUUUGAAAUAAUCAUUUGUGUUUUUAUACAUUAUACUUUUUGCAUCAUACAUGUUCAUUUUAAUAUUCCACGAAAGAAAUAGAUUGACUAAUAUCCUACAUCUCCUUUUAUUCAUAGGGUGAAACCCUUUUUAAUUCCUAAUUAAACCAGUUAAUGGAACAAUUUCAUAUAAGUUUCGAUAUCGCGUAUGAAGGUUAUCAUUUUGAUUAUCAUUGUCGUUUACUUAACUGUAACACAAUUUAGAUGGUAGAUAUACAUGGCAUUAUUUGUCUAGACCUAUAAUCACUUAUCACAGUUAAAAAUAAAAAUGCCCUACUUAAAACGAUCCAAAUAUGGUGGACAUGUUAGCAACGGAAGACUAUGUCACCAUUGCCGUGUAUUUUGGAGUUGUGUUGGCUGUUGGACUUUGGUCCACAUUUCGUCCAAAUCGUGGGAAUGUUACUGGUUAUUUUUUGGCGGGAAAAUCGAUGCACUGGAUACCAGUCGGUGCAUCAAUCUAUGCCAGUAAUAUUGGAGCUCCAAUGUUUAUUGGUUUAGCUGGAACAGCUGCUGCUUCCGGGUUGGCUGUUACUAUUUAUGAAUGGCAUGCAGUGUUUAUACUGAUAGCUCUGGGUUGGAUCUUUGUACCAGUGUAUGUAUCAAGUGGAGCGUUUACUAUGCCGGAAUACCUUAGGAAGAGAUUUGGUGGAAAACGAAUUCGAAUGUACAGCUCAUUUUUUGCUCUUAUUGGAUAUAUUUUUUUCAACAUUUCUGCAGAGAUAUACUCAGGAGCGAUAUUUCUCAGACACAUACUCAAAUGGAACAUGUACCUUUGUGUGGUAAUCAUAUUAGCUGUCACAGCUGUUUUUACUAUUGUUGGUGGUCUUACAACUGUAAUCUACACAGAUACUCUACAAUCAGUUGUUCUCAUCAUCAGCUCCAUUAUAUUAUUUGUCAUUGGUAUAAUACAGGUCGGCGGCUGGAACGAAAUGACGGAAAAAUAUAUGCACAGUGCUGCAAACUAUACACUUAUGAACCAGUCAUUAUACUCAUGUGGAAUGCCUCGUGAUGACGCUUUGCAUAUAUUCCGAAGUGCUACGACUGGUGAUAUUCCAUGGACUGGGGCUUUGACAGGAUUGUCCAUUAUGGGACUUUAUGUUUGGUGUCAAGAUCAGCUUACCGUACAGAGAACACUAUCAGCCAGAGACAUGGUUCAUGCUAAGGCUGGUACACUAUUAGGUGGCGCUUUAAAGCUAUUGGGGUUACUAACAUUUAUCGUUCCUGGUAUGAUUAGUCGUAUCUUAUAUCCAGAUGAAAUUGCCUGUGCUGACCCAGACAAAUGUGAAGCGUUCUGUAACAAUAAAGCUGGUUGCAGCAAUUUUGCCUAUCCUGUUCUUGUUCUUCGGUUGAUGCCAAAGGGUCUAAGAGGAUUAAUGCUGGCUGCACUAUUGGCAGCACUUAUGAGCUCAUUGACAUCUAUCCUUAACAGUGCAAGCGCCAUUGCCACCAUGGAUAUCUGGAAACAGUUCAGGAAGAAGGCAACACAAGCAGAACUAAUGGUUGUUGGCAGGAUAACCGUGAUGAUUCUGGUUGUUAUUAGUAUAGUAUGGUUACCAAUCAUGGACGCGGCUCAAGGAGGAAUGUUUUGGUUUUACUAUGUGGGAAUACGGUCGUACUUCUUACCACAGAUGUGUGUCAUGUUUGUUUUAGGAAUGUUUUGGAAAAGACUGACAGAACAGGGUGCGUUUUGGGGUCUCAUGAUCAGUUUGGUUAUCGGCUUGAUCCGAAUGGUUCUGGAUUUUACAUUUAUAAAGCCAUCGUGCGGAAGUGGAGAACAAGACACUAGACCAUCAAUUAUCAGCAAAGUCGAUUUCUUACAUUUUGCAGCCAUUUUAUCAGUUUUAUGUUUUAUUUCUAUGGUAGUUAUCAGUCUUUUUACGAGACCAAGGCCGCCUAGAAAACUUAGAAGGGUAACUUGGUGGACGAAAGACGACGAAGAAGACCCUGAAUUGUCUUCAGAGGAAGAUGAAGAGGUAGACGAACAGAGAAUAAACAAAGAUGAAAUCAUUGAAGACAAAGCUGUUCCUGUAUCGUUUGGACAACGACUUUGUAAAGCAUUUAAAGACUGGGUUUGUGGAACAACAGAUGAAGUACACAAACAUCAAUAUUUGACACAACUUGAGAUUAUCCAGCUAAGACAGAAAAUGAAAUCAAUUGAUGAAUCUGCUCUGUAUCGUAAAGUGUUAAAUGGUGCCGCUAUAAUUAUGUCUUUACUGACAGCAUUUCUUAUAGGCAAAUUCAGUUAGAUAUAAA